UAACAGGGUCCCCCAGCGGGGACUGCCGCGGGGUGACACCGGGCGCUGCUCUCCGCCGGUGCCCAGUCGGGUGCGGGACAUGAGAGCUCAUCCCGGGCUGGAGGCGGCGGCGGGCGGCGGCGAGAUGGCGGCUCCGUGCGCCGAGCGGGAGCGGCAGGAGCGGCUGCGGGAGGCGGCGGCGCUGGGGGACGCGGCGGAGGUGCAGCGGCUGGUGGAGCUGGGGGUCAGCCUCAACGCGCAGAACGAAGUCAACGGCUGGACUUGUUUGCACUGGGCAUGUAAACGGAACCACGCUCCGGUGGUGGCUUACCUGCUGCACGCUGGUGCUGACAAGGAGAUCCUCACAAAGAAAGGAGAAAGGCCAGCCCAGUUAACAUCAAAGAGAGAGAUAAGGAAGAUGUUGGGAGUGGAAGAUGAUGAACUGCCAGACUUAAAGAAAGAGUCAGAUCUGCCAAUCAUUCCUAAUUACUUGGCUAACCCACCUUUCCCUUACGUUUAUAACACUAUGAGUAACAGUAUUCCAGAUCCCUCCAUGAAUGGGAGUAUCUCACACUUAGAACCACGAGAUACCGACUCUGCUUCCUUACCUGAUGUGGAGACCUACAUGCGUGCACCGCUACACCAUGGGCAUGCUGCUCCUGAGGUGGCUGAUACCGCAGGCACACCGUCACUGCCCCGUGGGUGUACUGUACCUCCACACACAAAACCUGUCCUUCAGAGAGCUCCAGUGUACCAGGGAUCUGUGUCUUGGAGCAGAAGUGCCCCUUCGCCGGCUGGAUCGAAUCAGUCUGUGCCUCAGCAAGAGAAUGGCUCCAGUAUGGGAGCCAGCAUGCCAGCGUUUCAGCCGGUUUUCUUCACCGGAGCUUUCCCACUUAAUAUGCAAGAACUGGUGCUUAAAGUUAGAAUACAAAACCCUAAUCUCAGAGAAAAUGACUUCAUUGAAAUUGAACUGGACAGGCAAGAACUGACCUAUAAGGAAUUGCUCCGAGUGAGUUGCCGUGAGCUGGGUGUUAACCCUGAGCAUGUACAGAAGAUCAGAAAAUUACCAAAUACAAUGUUAAGAAAGGACAAAGAUGUGGCAAGGCUACAGGAUUUCCAAGAACUGGAGCUUGUUCUAACAGUAAGCGACAAAAACUUACUUUUCAGAGUCCCAACACUUUCUGAACGGAGUGGUUAUAACAAGGCGGCAUCGGAACUUACAUAUUAAUUAUUUAAAGAAUAAAACAGAAGAUUUGUAGCUCUCAUUUUAAAAUUACGUUUGAAAUACAGUAUCUAUAAGGGCUAAUGAUGCAAAAAAAUCUAUUUUGUUAACCAUGAAAUAAACUAAAGUUGUUAUGCACAGUUAUAGCUUCUAGUUAAUCCAAGAGUAACGAGUCUGAUGUAAAAGUAGCUUAAUGCAAAGGAAGUAUUGGUAGAACUAUCUGUUAAUGCAACACUUUUUUCCUUACAAAAAGAUAAUCUUGAAAUACUGCAGAGUUAGCAGCUCUCAGGGAAAGGCUUACCUUAAGCUGUUCUAAUAAUUUGUUUGCUAUAAAAUAGCAGAGGUACUCAAGCUAAAGAACCUGCCACGAAACCCAUUUAAUAUACUGAGUCCAUUACCAUUAACAUUCACUUUUUGCAUCAUACAUUUUAAAUCAUAUCUUAGAAGGAAAAAAAGCAGAAGGGUUUGAAUCUGUGGAAGAAGCACAAAAUGAUGUCUACUUUAAAUACUAUCAAGUGACUUAUUACUUUACAAGUAAUCACUUAGAAGUGAUUUCUUAAUCCCUGUUUACACUCUUCCCUAUUUCUCAGGUUGAAAAUGAAAAGUGAUAGCAAUUAUCCAAAUCAUAAAUAUGCUCUCAACCAAAAUCCCUUUUACUGUCUGUCAGUAAACAGAACUGACAUGUGCAAUUAAAAAUACUAUUUUUGUUACUGUAUUGACAUCGCAUUUCUCCAACACUGCUUUAAUUUCCCCUUUUGAAAGCACAAAAAUUGUAAUUGUAUUUUCCUUUGACCUCUACAUUCCUGAGAAAGGUCACAUCUUGAUCAUUUAAAGUUGCCUGUGUAAAAAGAAACUAUGCCCAGGGUUUUCUGGGCUGAUAUUAAAUCUUGAUGUUCCUAUGCAAUGUACUUUCUUUUUCCCACCAAUGACUUGUCUUUACCCAUGUUGUUUACUGAAAAAGGAUUACUUUUCCUAUUCCUGGUACUUAAAAUGCAGAAUUAGACUACUAUGAAAUUCUGUAAUAAAUAAAUUGAAAAGUAUUUAAGAGCUGGAUUUUAUCUUAUUUUUUAGGGUUUUAGUAUUUACUCAGUCAUUUGCAUUUGAGGAGGAAUUCUGUUCUGGUAGCCUAACUGUAAAAGUAUGUACUGUCAGACGAACAACCUAAAGUAUGAGAUGGAACAGGCAAACAGAACAUACCAAACUGGACUGAACUUCCCUCUGUCUUGUCGUUCCCCUCCCUCCCCCCCCAGUUUCUUUGGAAACUACAGCAACCAAAGGAUGCUAUCGUUGUCUUGUCUAAGAAUUCACAGCCCAAGUUGGCUGUACAAUGUAUGUGGCCCUGUAAAUGGGAUUUAUAGAAGCAGCAUGCUGAGCAGGGAGGAAACACUGAGGUGAGAACUGCAUCUGGAACCCCUGGGGCUCCAGAUGAUGGGUUCUGACUGGAGUGAGGUAUCCCCCACAGCCUUAUCCCCUUUCUUGGAGGCUGUGGCAGGUAAAGAAGUCGGUUCUUCCCCUGCAGUCAGAGCAGUCACCUCUAUUACAGCUAACACAAGAGGAACCAAAUUGACCCGUGCUCUCUCUUUCUCAGCCAGUGACUAGUACUUUGUGCAAAGGGAAGCAGCUUCAGCAGCAGAUGAGCACACAAGAGGGAGCCCUCUCCCAAUCUGCCCUGUAGUCGGAUGUCCAGUGUUCACCUGGAAGCACAGAUCCCUGCAAACACUCCUGUGUACCAGUUAGCUAGACCGCAGCUCAGUCUCCUAAGGGUAAUAGUAGAACAUUUUGUCACAACAAAAUAGCCUCUUCUGAAAACUGUUGGAGGUCAAAUGUGCUCUGAGUCAUUGUAAUAGCUGGGGUUUAUACCAAAUUGCUGGGGGUAUAUCAACUUCUGGAAUAAUAAAAUCAUUGUUCCUUGUAUCGCACUGUUGCAUUCUUCCUGGCAUACAGAACAGACAUGGUUUAGGCAUCUGCUGUGAACACCAGCUAAGCCCCUGGUGGUACCAGGAUUAACUGGUCAGACCUACUAGAAGGAAGCUCAGCUUCCUUGUUACACUGAUUAUCCUGCAGAUGCGGAUCGCUAUCUAUGCAUUCCAAGGAAUAUUUUUAUACCUUAUGCAGUUUAUACAACAGAACAUGCUAUUAACACUACUAACAAUCUGAUCAGUGUAUAAUCAUUACAUUACUGUGUAUGAUAAAUAAUUCAUUACUUUGUGCUCUAUGAACUGUGAAUGGCAAAUGAAUGCUUGGCUGUAGAUUCUUGUUUCUAUUUAAGAAGUCUCAUUUGUAACAAUUAAUAAAUGAUUAUUUUUGUCUUCUCAAA